AUGGCCGACGAAUACAAACCUCCGGCUCUCCCCUCUCCCUUCACCAACACCUGCCCACCCCCCACGCUUCUCGUCCAAGGCGCCGAGGCCCACCUCUACAAAACGACCUCUCUCGACCCCUCCAUCCCAGCAGCCCUCAAAGUCCGCCCCUCCAAACCGUACCGACACCCUAUUCUUGACCGCCGCCUCACUCGCCAGCGGAUCAUUCAGGAAGCACGAUGUAUGGUGAAACUAGUCCGCGAGGGCGUCAGCGUUCCCGCCGUGCUGGCACUGGACUGGGAAGGCCAGGGCGGCGCGGAGAGCGGGUGGGGAGGGGCAUGGCUGAUGAUGGAAUGGGUCGAGGGCCCGGUUGUGCGAGUCGUGCUUGAGAAAUGGGAAGCCUGGAUGAAGAAACACGCCUUGUCUCUGGAUCAGACGCAGCUGCAGGCGGAGGGAGACUUGGUGCGGGGCCUGCUGCGACGCAUCGGCGGGACCCUGGCGGGCCUGCACAAGGCCGGCGUGGUUCAUGGAGACUUGACCACCAGCAAUCUGAUGCUCCGCACGCCGGAGGACAGCACGACCGAGAGCGCGACGGGCGUGUCAAUGGCGGGCGAGGUGGUCAUCAUUGAUUUCGGGCUGGCGUCACAGAGCGCGCAGGAUGAGGACCGCGCGGUCGACCUAUACGUGCUGGAGCGGGCGAUGGGCAGCACGCAUCCGCGCUCGGAGCCCUUCUUCGAGGAGCUCCUACAGGGCUAUCGGGACGGCUACAAGGGUGCUGCGUCUACGCUGAAGAAACUCGAGGAGGUUCGACUGAGAGGCCGCAAGCGGAGUAUGAUUGGAUAG